AUGCCUGCACUUCGCCAAUGUGCUCGCCGUUCAGCGCGGCUUAGAGCCAAUGCCAACACUCGAGGAUUGUACUCAAGGGCAAUGAAUCCUCUGGCCUCCUCCUCACAAGGACAAUCUGACUCAAACUCUCAAGGCAUACCCAAACUCACAAUCCAGUGGGAAAGAGAUCAUGCUCUCACUACAAUCCUCGUCAAUCAUCUAACUACUCGCCCACCUGAUUGUUGCAUCCUGUUCUAUUCCAAUGGGAAGAAAGCAAUGCCUUCUGUUGAUGAUGCCCCCUCAGGCAAGGACAAGAACAAAAUACAUGAUUUUAUUGCCAAGCUCAUCUUUGCGACCCACACCAAAUACAAGGCCGCAUACCAUCAAGAUCUGAAGAAGUUCCACAUGUCAGUCACAAACCGCAUCACAUCUCUCAGAAAUAAAUAUAGAAAAUGCAAGGGCAGGUUCAAUGUGACUGGUGCUGGUGUGGUGCCGCUUGAUGAGACUACCUUGAAAAACUUACUGGAUGAAGUCACCGCCGAACUGCCAUGGUAUACUGAUCUCAAUAGCAUCUGGCACUCAAUCCCGUCGUUUGCAACUAAAUCACAUUCGUUCAGGCCGGGGGUUGAUCAUGCAGGUGAUUUGUAUGCGCUUGUGCAACUGCAUGGCGGCCCUGGCAGGGCUGGUCCCUCAACAAAUUUUGAUGGUGCUGCUCAGGCUGGUGCUCCGCUGCAGCUCCCUCCAUAUGCUCAGCCAUCCCACAGCACAUUCUCCCCCCAACUGCAGCCCCCCAUCAGCCAUCCCAUAGCGCAUUCACCCCUCAACCUGAAUGCCCCAACUUCACUCAGCCCCCCAACCUUAUACUCUGUCCCAAUGCUGUUCCUGGCGGUGGCGAUACCCACAACUUGA